CGUGAUUGUCUUAGUCAUUAAUUUCAAUUACAGCUCAGCUGGGUUCUAUCUUCACGCUCUCAUGCACGCUGUCGAAAGGGCGGGCUUCAACAGACAUGAACAUAUUUGUGGGCCGUCGCGACUGACCACAUCCGAAUACAAAUCGCAACACGGUGCCUUCUUCUGGCUUGCCAUCACCAACCAUCAGAAGAGAGCAACGAAGAAGAGUAGAACAGUCCUGUGAAACCAGCAAGUACUAGUAGUGCAGUGAAGCGAAAGAGACAGAGGCCAGCACAGCGUGGUAGAAGCACAAGACCGGAAUUUGGAUCGAUAGUAGCUACUAACUGGCUAGCGAGAGCUGAUUGAUGACUUGACAGGAAUUGAAUCUUUCGAGUAUCUAUUUGCUGAACAUCCUGAGAACGCGUCAUUUUGCUGAGUGAUCAUGGCACCUAUCCUAUCCACCGCUGUAGGGGUCACUCCUCAAAUCAUUGAUGAUCCAAGGCUUCGCAAGCUGAUCGAAACACUCAAUGGAUUUCAGCCCCAUCCACAGCGAAACCCGCCGCAAACAUCCGACGAUGUAGUGGCGCCUUUGGAUGUUGCCGAAUUGGUUGCGGUUGUCGAGCCGUAUCAAUCAUGGCACUUUGAAGAACAGGUGGAUUUGCACGAGUGGAUUGCGGGUUUGAAUGCUAUCGAUGCAUGCCUUGCCUACUUUAUUCAGAAGUACCCUUCCCUUCUAUUGAUUGGGCCUGUAAAGAGAAAGAGAGGCCGCGGAAGUGUCGAUUCACAGCAUCAAUUCGUCUCUAGCCCUGCCGAAUCGCUAGAGGAUGUGGCCAAAGUUUCACCUGAGGUCAUUGAGACGAUCAAAAAAUUGCUUCGUUUCUUGUGUUGUCUCUUGCGAAAUUCAUCCAGCAAGUCCGUAUUCAACUCAGUCGAGGAGCUGGCGGAUCUACUCGCCGCAGCAGAUGAUUCACUUUCCGCUUUGGCCUUGGAAACUCUCAGCAACCUGGCCACACCUCCGUCAUUGCACAAACAACAGUCGCCUGAAGUCAAUCAGCACACAACCGGCCUACACAAUUCCAAGACGGCUUCCCAUCGCCGUCUUAUCGCAUUGGCGAGAGGCUGGGGCACACGGGGCUCUGGAUUGGGAUUAUUCACAUGUGUUACAACCGACAACUCCGAAUACGGUCAAGGCGCACUGCCAGCCAAAGCCGGUGAAUUGGAUUUUUCAUUCUCCAGCAAUGUCAACGAGGAAAUGGAAGAAGCGGCGGAGGACUACCAGUUGGUGAGAAUUCAUCUAUCGGCAAAUGAGAUUGUGGAAGAUUCGGCACAAAGCACGGAUGCCGAAAUGACCCCCGAGGAGGAAGAUGGCGAAACGACAGUCGAAGCCAGCAAGAAACGGAGAAGGGUGGGCCCAAUUUGUUCUCAAGCCAAGCCAACAAAGUCAACAGCCGAACUCUUCUUUACUUGUCUAGAAAAAGCUGGUGGACGGGACAAAAUUCGCGAUGAUCGAUUGUUCGCUCUUCUCGCCGACAUUCGAUUGGCCAGAGCCUUUUACAGCAAUGAAGCUCGGGUCAACGCCGUGGAACGUCGACUGCGGGCGCUUAUUGCUAUUUUGCAUGCUCAUCCGUCGCAAGAAAUCAUGUCGGGUUAUUUCCAAGCCCAACCAGAACUUUGCGUCGAAUUGGUGGAUUUAUUGCGGCCAACCGUGUCUUCUGCCAAUGUGUCUUCUGCCGCCAGCAAUGGAGUGGCGACGGUUUCGCAAGAUGCUCUUGGGUCGCUCGCCAGCUCUACAACUGUGCCAUAUGAAAUUCGCAUGCUGGCAGUAGAAGCGCUCACUGCAUUGGUGGCACGCCGUGACGGAGCCAGUGGGGCAUUGACAGGAUCGGCACGGCACACCAGUGUCUUGAAUGAACUGGGUGUAGGGAAAGGGCAAUACUUGGGUCUCUUGCCAACAUUGAUUCGGUAUUCGUUGGCUUCACUUGGAUCCUCAUUCUCCUCCUCGGACAACAACAAUAGCACGGAGCAACAACAAGCGGGAUCGAAUCAAUCCACUGGAGGAGAAAAUACCGACACUCUGGAUAUUGGUCUUGCAUUUGUUGAAGCAACAAAGGCGCCAGCGGCACCGCGGCUCGAACAGCUGGAAAGAGCCUUGGAGUUUAUUGAUUCAAUUCUGACAUUGACGUCUGCCAUUGUCUCGACGCCUACGGGUACAUCCGCUUUGACUGAUUGCGGUCUGAUUCCUGCACUCCUCACAACUGCAGCGACAGACUCGAAGAGUUUUAUUACUGGUGCUCUGCCCAAUGCGGCCUCCUAUUCAGAUGAGCAACUCCUGGGCGUGAAGUCACUCCUCCGAUUCAUAACGGCUCAAGCCAUCCAAAUUCUUGAGGGGGCCAUCGUCACACAUAACAACGCUCUCGCUGCCUUUCACGACCUUCACGGAGUAGAAGUGCUCACAUCACGUUUAUCCAAGGAAGUCGGACAUACACGACGUGAGAAAGAGGCAGCCGAAACAGAACCCGAGAAAAUGGACUGCGACAACGGUGAGAACCCACCAUCCGAACCCGUCGACGUUGAAAUGGAAGAGACGGAGCCUGAAAAGCACAGAAUCCUUUCAUCCCAAAGAGUUCUUCUCUUUAGCAUUGUCACUUGUUUAACGGUCGUCUUCCACCAGGAGUCGACUUCCUCCUCCGCAACAACGCCAUCGGGGGGUGCUCAGCUUCGUAAACCCGAGCUGACCCAAGCUCUGAUUGACAUCAUGGAUGACGUCACGUCCUACGGAGGCCAUCUUGCCUCUUUGAUUGCGACUUUAUUGUCGGAUGUACUCAAUAGCGAUCCACAUGUGGUGCAUCACGUCCACAAAGCAGGCAUUGCCAAGUCAUUUUUGGAUAUGUUGCAAGGAAAGAAGGUCGCGAACAACGGAGAGGAAACAUAUGAGCCAAUCUUGCCUCCUGUUCCUGAACUUAUCAUGGCACUCCCAAACGUCAUUUCUGCUCUUGCACUCACCGAAGACGGAGCCAAGGCUGUCAAAGAAGCCAACCCGUUUCCAUCGAUGCUACGCUUGUUCCAUCACCCUAGCUAUGCGAUGCCCAAAAGCCGGUGUCUGCUGAACGAGAUGACAGCUAUCGUAGGCACAGGUUUGGAUGAGGUCAUGCGUCAUGUACAAUCUCUGAAGCCACUGAUUCUGAAGGCGAUUGCGGAAGCCUUGAAUAAAAUUGUUUCUCUCGCCAACGAUCUGACGGCCCGAGAACUGGUGGCAAUGAACCCGAAAGAUCUAGAGGGAAAGCCCGCGACCGAUCUAGAAAACGAACGAUCGUGUCUGAUGCAAUACGUUCUCAAUUUUGGACAGCUUUUGGAGCAGAUCCUUCACAACGAAGAGCAUUGCGAUCCCUUUGUCGCAGCUGGCGGCCUCGAUGCAUUGCUGAAUCUGUUUCCAUCGGUGAUGCCUAGUGGGCAGCAAUUUCUUUCGCAUGUUAGUAGUCUGAGCUGUCCAUCAGUCAGCACACUCCAUCACUCAACCGCCGAAGAAUCUCUAUGCCUUGCCUUCAAAUGCAUAUCGAUGAGAUACGACCCGUUGAAACUCAUCCGAAAGACUGUGGAAACGGUCAAACUACACGUGGACGAAUUGGAAGAAUCACAGAGCGCGCUUCGGCAACUCACCGCCGGUGGAUCAGACAUGGCCGAUAUUGUUCGUGUCGAUGCUAGUAGUGUCUUGGAGGGUCUACCAUGUGUGCCACUCCACCAAAUGUCGAUCGAGAAGGACGAGCUGUUGACGGCGUUGUCAAAAUAUCUUAGGGCUGUGUCCAACGUUCAGUGGUCGACGAGUCUGCUGGGUACCGCCGUCAAGACAGCAUGUCAACGGACGCAAGACUCUGGGGCAGGUUGGAGCCGAGCAGAACGAGAGUGGAAGAAAGAGCUCUCCUCCUCUUCAUUUGAAGAUAUUGUGAAAAAACUCUCUGUGUUUCACCAGUCGGCAAUGCUAGAAGUUUGCAGAGUCAGGAGCUCUGAGGACUUUGAGAAACGUGAGCGUGAGAGAUAUGACCUGACAAACGACAAAAGAGAUUCGUUGCGAUAUCGGCUGCGAAUCGUUUGCCCUGAAGGAGCUGUUGUGAGAGACGGAAUUGAAAUCGAUUCUUGUGCAAGUGUUGGCAGCAUGGAGAUGGGCGAAAUCGCUGAAGCAUUCGAUCGAUGUGUAAACUCCUCUGGGAUCCUCCGUUAUCGCACUCGAAGAGGGUGGGUUUCAGAGAUGACUCGUGGACACGGCCGAGAACCCGUUGCGGAAGUCAUUUCGUUCUGGCAAAGCGAAAAUGGAGACGAGAUGGAAAUCCCGGAUCAACCAACCACUUCGUCCAACAAAAAAAGAAUCGAGGCAGCCAUUCCCGACCUGCGCACGGUGAGUGCCAGUGUCAUGGCACGGUUGCAAACUAGCUAUUCGGAGCUUUUCAACGCUCUGUCAAAGACUGUUGUACAAGGUGUACGGUCAGUUCCAGCCAACAAUGUCUCAUUCAAAGAGGGUGACGCGGGAGCACACGCCAUGGCAAUGAUGAAGAUGCUGUCGUCGAAUGUCGAAGACGGCUUGAAACGAGGCAACCAAUCCACCACGGUAAAUUCAAGAGGAGUUGCCAUGUACCUUGGGUGCAUGCUCAGCCACCUGCACGCAUGUUUGUUCGAAGAAAGACGCGAGCGACGAAUGGUUAACGUUCCAUUACUGAUUUAUUUGAUGGAAUCAGAUGAGGACCCACCAGAGCCAGACAAGACAACGCUGCUUGAUUCUGUACGCUUCAUCUUUGAAGAAAGUCUCAAGGAUUUUGAGAAGCGAUCUCACCAGCAUCUGGUUGUCGAUGACAACAAUCCUUUUCAACGACUCGAUCGAACUGUUGCAGCAAGUUUGCCGUCGGCAAUAUCACUUCUGCGUCGUCUAAUGUCCGGGUCGUUGAUUUCCUCAUCUCCCGCAUCUUCGGUUCUGAGCCGCAUCAAGAAGAGCGACCUGUCGAAGCUUGUCGGCAAGACUAUUCAUGCCAGUGGAUUCAAACAAUCUGACAACGACGAAGCCUUGUUUUCGCCCGAGGAUUUUGUGAAGGAUAUGCACUUCACUUUGUCGGAAGUUGUGCGGAAGUCCUGGGUCGACCCCCGUCUCAAAUUUGCACCACCACACAUUGUCCAUCCUUUUGCCAGCUUGAUAGGAGAUAUUAUCACUGGACUUGAGGACGCUGGAAAGAAGCGAAAGACUCAAUCGCGAGCUCCACGGGCAGCAGCUGCAUCGGAGCGGGCCAGUGGCUGGGAGCUGUUUCGGGGUUCGGCUCAAAAUAGGCAGGCAGAGAACGAAAUGGCAGCGGCAGCCGCUGCAGCAGCGGAAGAAGCUUUUGAACCUAGCGAUGAAUCGAUUGCCAGGCUGGAAGAAAUGGGAUUCUCUCGAGAUCAUGCCAUUGACGCUCUUGAGAACUCACGGACCAACCGAGUGGAAAUUGCAAUGGAAUAUGCACUUUCACAUCCGCCACCCAGCCAAGCAACAAUCGAGCGUCGACGACAGCAACGGGAGGAACGUCGGCGCCUACGAGAGGAACGACAAAACCGUGCCGCAGCAGCAGCCGCCGAAGCACCAUCUGCUGCAGGUAACGCUAACGCUGCUGUCCCCGAAGGGGAGGCAGGAGGUACUGAUACUACUGCACAAGCCAAUUCAGACAAUGCCGGUACCAGCAGCUCCAGUAAUGCCAAUGUGAAUGCAACUGAUAACAGCAACAACGACAACUCUGCCGAUGCAAUGGAUGUGGAGCCAAGUGGUGAAACACCAAACAACAAUUCCACGGAAGAAAGCGGAGACAACGAAAAACCCAAGGCGGAAGACAAGGAGAAAAAGGAGGCGGAAGAAGACGAUGGAGGAGAGGAAGACAGUGUCGCCUGUGCCAAACGACUCCUCAAGUUGUGGAUGAAUGAUGCCCCCACGGUCGCCUGCAGUAUGUUGGCUGGUGCCACGGAUUCCGGCGGAACCGCGAGGCUCUUUGGAAUGAUGCCAAACACAGAUAGAGGAAGUGGCGAGGGAGACGGCGAAGGCGAAGCUUUGGCAGUCGUCUUGUGCUCCUUCCUGUUGGAUAUUUGCCAGCGGUAUCCAGAUGAAUGCAAUGGUAUUGUGUCUCAGGUGUUGAAGGAGCUCAAGCUGCAAAUCACCAACACUCCCGAACAAGCCUUUUAUGUAAAGAGUGAGCACGAAGCUAGCUUUGCAUCGCUUUGCCACGCAACAGUGUUGUUUACUCGGGCCCUUCCAAAGACACGAGUGUUGGUGCUGAAGAAAGACUUGCUGCACAUGAUUGUCUCUUGUGUACAAGGUUCGUUGAAAUCUGAGUCCGGUGAAGGGAAAGAUCACAAGUGGCCGUCAUGGCUAGCAUCGGCGCUACUAAUUCUAGAUGUUAUGGCUCAGCCUAUUGUGGCUGCGACAAAGAGUGACGAAGAUGAAUCCAAGGAAGACGAGACGAAAUCUGAGUUCUCGGUUUUUUGUGAAGAUCGCGACCGACAGUCAACGGAACUAGCCGAGAUGGCAAAGAAAAUCUUUGCUGCAGUCGGCAAGGGCACCAACGCUUCGAAGGAAGACACGAAACCAGAGAAGGAAGACAACAAACCAGGGGCAGGAGAAGAGAAGAAACCCGAGGCCAAAGAUGCAACGACUAACGCUUCUGGGGAGAAUGGCGCAGAGGAGGCAGCCACGAAGCCGAAUGAGCUCUUCUCGAAAAUCCCUGCUUAUUUCCCCUUGAUACCUACAGGGCAAGUCCGUCCUUGUUUGGACAUUUGCCUAGAUGUGCUUCGAAAAGGCCGGGAAGCGGGCGAGGCCGAUCCUGCCCCUCCUCCAGGCGUCGUCCAUGCUGUCAUGCUUCUGUUCUUGCGGCUCUUGCGUUCUCCCAAGCUUUCUACACAGUGUGUACAAAUGGGUGCUGCUGAAACGAUACUCUCCCUACCCUACAAGUGCUCCUUCACGGGCAACUCCGGUCUUGCGACUCUGAUUCUUCGGCGAUUGCUAGAAGACGAACAGACUCUCCAGGCUGCCAUGGAAACAGAGAUUCGUGCCACGAUCACCAAGCUCCAUGGGAAACGGAAGGAAAGCGACGGAGACAACCUUUCUGCACCACACAGUGCCUUUACACAGGCAGUGACGCCACUUUUGUGUCGUGAUCCCGUGUCAUUCCUGAAGGCUUUCAUUCUGACGUUGAAAAUCGAAGAAGUUCGCGGAGAGACGGUUGUGACUUUGUUGUCAACAGAGGAACGUCUCCAAAACCAGCGGGCUAUGUCAGAUGUCAUAAAGCUGAAGAGGCCAGCACCGACAGCUGGACCUACGCCGACAGGCAAAUCAUCAGGCCGUCGGAGGUCAUCCAGCCAAGCACGCCACCGUCGUGGAUCAUCCAAUGGAGCCAAGAGCAAGUCCCCACCUCAACGACAAUCUUCAAAGGGCAAGCAUUCAUCGAAGAAGCACAAACGUGAAAAGAGUGAUAAGAACGAUGACAAACACAGUGGACAAACCAACCACCAACAUCAUCACCACCACAACCACAGCCAUCAUUCACUGAAUGGAACACCCGCGAACCAUGUGAUAUCCCUGCUGAUUUCCAACAUUAUGGCCUCCUGUAGCGGCGACACAACCUCGGACAAAUCCGAUCCCUUCCCUGAUAACAAAUCCUUCUUGUGGACGGCCAGUUUACUUGAGAUUCUCGCAGAUCUGGUUUUGGCUGUCCCUGCGUGUGCAUCGGCCGUUCAAAAGUUUCGUCUGGUCAGAGGCAAAGACCGGAAAGGAUCAGAUGCGGCGACGACACAUGCCCUGUCUGGCUGUCCCAGCCCAUCCAAGACCUUUAUGAGUUUUCUCCUGCAUAACAUUCUGCCUCAAGAUCGGUGGAGUAUAAAAAAUGACCAGCAGAUCUGGGAGCGCAGCAAGGAGGACGAAAGCGAGGAAUCGGAGGCAAUGACAGCAAAGAAGAAUCGCGCCUUCAGGCUGAACAAAGUGUCCCAGACAGCGGCUCGACUUUUAGUUGCUCUCGUCGCACGUCCUGGAGAAGGGCGGAAACGAGUCGUUUCAGAGCUGACAUUUGCUCUGAGCGGUGGCCGCCUGGGACAUUCCCCUUCGAAUCCUACGCCAGCUCAAACAAACGCAAUGUCGAAAGCUGGUAGUGCGAGGGAACUACACGCGCUUCAAGCUUGGGGAGAACUCUGCAUUGGUCUGGCAGCUCCGCGCAGCAACGGGAAAACCCCUGAAGGAAACUCGUCGUUGAGCUUUGAAGUAAUCAAGCUUAUGUUGGAGCUAGGUAUGGCCCACGCUCUUUUGUUCUCCCUCCUCCGAGUAAGACUCUAUCAUCCCAUGGCCGCUAGCACAUGCAGUUCGCUCCUUCUUCCGCUGGAAGUGUUGACACGGGGAAGCGUCGCUGAUGGCGUAAAAUCUCUAAUUGAGAAGGAAACAUCGGCGAAAUCAUCAAAGGAAAGUGAAACCUCCAAGAAAUCAAACGACGCCACCACAUCUCCUGCAAGCCAAAACGAAGGAAUGGCAAAUGAAGAAGCUAUGCUUGAGGAAGCCUUCCAUCACGACGCAGCUUCACCAGUGCCGCCCCGAGAAGAACACUUUGACGAGGACAACGAGGGAGACCAGGUUGCCGCGGAGGACGACGAUGACGUCGACAUGGAAGAGGAAGUGGAGGAAGGCGAUGAAGAAAUCUCAAGUAGCUCAGACUCGGAAAGUUCGAGUGGCGACAAUUCCGACAGCGAAAGUGAGGGAGAAGAAGGCGAGGAUGAUGAAGAUGGGUCAAUCCUUGAUGAUGACGACGAUGAUUCGGAUGGCGCGUCUAGUGAAGAGAUGGAAGAAGUAGAGGAGGGAGACUGGAAUGUCAACUAUCGAGAGGAACUACCAGUGGACAAUCAGGAGUUUGACGACGGCGGGGAUGACAACGAAAUGGAACGCAAUGACGCCAGGUUGGAUGAAGGGUGGACACGAAUUGAAAACAGCGGUUUUGGUGGAUUGCUCAUGGGCGCAGGAGGUGGUCGCCGCCACGGACUCUCUGCGAGCAGUGGUCCACUCACGGCACGCACCCGUGGCUUCAUCGAUGCUGCCGAAGCGAUGAUUGGGACGCUUUUGAGAACUGGCGAAAUUCAUGGCGAUGCACUGGCAGAAAUUGAAGGUUCUCUUGGUAUUCGAAUCAUGUCGAAUGGACGGUCACUGCGUGCUCUCGGGGGUCCCGAAGGAGGAGCUGAUAGUGUGUUUGCAGACUCCAUUGCCGCAAGACUUGGCGGUGGAGUCGAACGGCGGCAGUCGAACAGCAACUCACGGGCAAGGAACGAGGUCGUGGGAACCCUUCCUCACGUUCACCAAAGAAACCAACCUGGGGCUGGAUACUCGGCACUGAGCGGUGGUGGUCGUUGGAUCGAAACAAGCUCCAUGGAGUAUGUCUAUGGAGGACCAUCUGUGACUGCCGGAAGUCGCAAUUAUGACUUGAUUUCACCAGUUCAAGCUGAAUCUGAGAAUGAGAACCACCCGAACAUUUCACAACUAGACUUGCAAUUGUUCCCUGGCGGCCCUGCUUCCGCUGCACAUGCCCGCACACAGCAUUCACUACAUCCUUUGCUGUGCGGAAUUGAUCUCCCUCCUGUCAAUGCCCUUGUUUCAGAUCUUCUUCCUCACGGGAUCAGAUGCACAAGACGUGGCCUCAUGACCACUCGAAGACCCGGCGAAUGGAACAACUCGUCAUUCGCAUCUGGGAAUUGCCUUGUUUUGACUUCCAAUGGCAACAUUAUUCGGUCCAACAGGUCUCAUUCUGGUUCUCCUCUGUCGCUUGUUUCGCCGUCACGUAAUGCGGCCGCUCCUGUUGGAUGGACGGACGAUGGCUUGCCUUUUGAUGCGACAGCGGCUCAAUUCAGUUCAGCGUUUGAAAGCGCUCUGCGUGACUCGAUGGCUGACCUUCGCAGUGCUUCCGGGGAAGCCGAAGCUACGGCGGAAUCUUCACCGGCGGCCGCAACCAACAACAACUCGGAGAGCAACACUGGUGCUGAAGAAAGCGGAACUGCAGACCAGGAAGCCGAUGGUGAAGACGCGGCCGCGGAUGAAACCGCGGUUGAAGGAGAAGGCGAGGGGGAUGCAGCUACCAAUGAUGUUGACAAUGAAACCAGCGAAGCCGCAGCUGCUGCGCCGGCUGGCGGUUCACAGGAAGCUGCUUCUCCAGAAAGCCAAAACAACCAACAGGCCGCAAAUGACAGUAGCCCCCAAAUGAAUGCUUCCACCGACGGCGAUGGUGUGGCGUCCUCAUUGGCCGAAGGCUUACGUCUGUCCCCUCGAAGCGACACAAGCGCUGACGGCAUGUCUGCAACGGAGGCAGCCCCUGCAGGUGAGGCGGUCCAGGCGGCAGAUUCUAAUGCUGACGGUGACGCCACCAUGGAAGAAGCAAAUGAAGCUGAAGCAGGGGAGAAUGAUGAAAUGGAAACAGACGAAGUUGUUGUCCAAGCAAACGAAGAAACCGCUGCUACAGAGGGUGAAGGGGAGCCAAGUGCUGACGCCCCUCAAGCCGAACCGGCAGGAGAACAGGCGGCUGAGCAGGCAGGAGAACAGCCCGAUGCUGCGGGUGGAGGUGACAACAACGGGGCCGGUCAGCCCAACAGUAACGGGCUUGUGUGUCCGCCAGAUGUCGACGAAGAGGUUUUCAACAGUCUUCCAGUGGAGAUGCAGAGGGACUUGGUGGAGCAGCACAGGUCCACUCUUGAGCUUGCGGCUCAACUUGGUGCUGGUUCUUCACUGGAUCCAGAGGCACUGGCGGCCCUCCCAGAAGACCUGCGCCGCGAAGUCAUGCAGCAAGAAGAACAAGAGCGACGCCUUCGUGAGCAGGCUGCUCCUGCGGAUCCUGCCAAUGCCCAAGAUAUGGAUAAUGCCAGCUUUCUGGCGUCACUGGGUCCCGAUCUGCGCGAGGAAAUCUUGUUGACUGCCGACGAGACGUUCCUGAAUAGUCUCCCUCCCAACAUUAUUGCUGAGGCCCAAAUACUUCGAGAACGAGCUGCGACACAACACAGACGCCUUUAUGAGGAAGCCGCUGCACCAAAUGUUGCUGCUGUUGCGCCCGCGGCUGCUGCAGGACAACAACGCGGCCACGCAACAAACCGUGAUGCUAAUGAUGGUGGCACCUCAUCGAGCCGUAGAAAGAACAGGUCUGGCAAGAUGAGGGUUGAUCGGGACAGAGAUGAAGUUGUUUACAUUGUUCCUUCCAGUGGGCUGACCGCUGCUAUUGCAAUGUCCGAUUUGAAGACUCUCUUGCGUCUGAUGUACUUGCUUGCACCAGUCCGCCCGGCUCGUCUGCUCCAAAAAGUAUUCCAAAACUUUUGUGCAAACUCCGAGCUUCGCACAGUUAUUUCUACUGUGUUUGUGAAGUUGCUGCAGGAAGACGAUCGUGGUGCCUUGGUGGCUUUGGAUUCAAUGGCCAAGGAGUAUGCAGAUGAAAAAAGUGGAUGGCGACAAAGCGUCGAUACCCUGGUCAGCGAUUUGGAAUUCCCUCCAAAGCAUUUGCUUGGAGCUGUCCCGGAGGUAAUUGACACGGAAUCCUUCAACCCCAACCUGACACUGCUGCGAAGGAAGCAAGGGAACAACACUGCUGCCUCCAUUGCUGCAAAUCUGCCUACAAGUGCCUCUGGAUCUCGCAACGAACAGCAGCUUCCCUCUGUUGUGGCCACUCGCAUCGUUGAUACCUUGUUGCAUCUGUGCAAGAAUUCUCCUCGAUUCUGCUUACACUCGCUGGUUUCCAACGUGGUCAACGCACCAGAGACUGCGGAGGCUGUGGGCACGACAGCCUUUGACAAGCUGUUGGAUUUGUUGGAAAAGCCUUCAAUUCUAAAGAGCUCUGCUAAUCUCGAGCAACUCUUGACAUUACUUGAAGGUUGCGUGUCUCCUCUUUCGCACCUUUCGAAACAUAGUGAGGACAGAGCGGAAGUAUCGCAGAGAGACAUUGAUACCGCAGCAGCUGCUGGCAAAGAGUGGAUGGAUGUUCCGCGUGUGAUCGUGUCGCAGGAACGACUUCAAAUGCUUUGCUCCAUCCUUCGAAUGGAAACCUGCAGAGACGCCUCAUUCACGAAGGUGAAUACAAUAGUUCGAAGGCUCUGCCGUGUCGACGCUAAUCGAGGCUAUGUCCUGGCAGAACUUGCGUCUGUGGCACAUGCACUUGGUGCUGAUGCAAUCCGAGACUUGAAAGCGCUUCGGAUCCGUCUUGAUGGGGCCGUGGCUCAGCAAGAGAACGAUCGCAAAUCAGGAACGGCAACAAAGGAAGAAGGCGACGGCAAGGCAAAGGCAGGGUCAUCGCGCAGUGCUUCGAGCUCAGUCACUCUCAGCACGAGUACAUCAGAAUUGAAGCUUUUGCGAGUGCUUCAGACACUACAAGCCCUCUGUGGCGACAGCAACGAUGAACAGCAAGCGAAGAAAGCUGAAGCAGGCAUGAUUGUGACGGAGGAGCUGGUCCAUCUCCUGCAGGCAAUGAAGCUAGACGGUCUCUGGGAAGAGCUCUCCAAUUGUCUCAAAGUCGUACAGGUUUUGGAAGGUGUUUCGACUUUCAAGGACGACGAGGACCAAAAGUCAAAGGAAGACGAGGGCAAUGACGAAGCCAGUGGCGACGAGGCUGCCGUGCCAGGAAAGAAGCUAAAGAAUAGUGCCGCGGGCCUUCUCACACGCUUCCUACCUUCGAUUGAAGCUUUCUUUGUCGCCAAUGCGAGUUCAACCAAAGAAGCAAGCCCUGAAAAGGACAAGAGCGAAGCUCAAGAAUCUUCCGAGUCAAGAGAAGCCACCGCAAAUGGUAACACAGAAAACUCGUCAGGAGCAACCACAGACUCGACAAGCAUUGAGAAGCUCGUCGGAGGCAAGCGUCUGAUUAGUUUUGCAUCGUCGAAUAAAGUCCUGUUGAAUGCUUUGGUCAGGAACAACCCAGGGCUGUUGGACAAGGGCCUGCGAGGCCUCGUGCAAGUUCCGCGAUGCCGAGUCUUCCUAGACUUUGAUGUCAAGCGCCAAUGGUUCAAGACCCAGGUGCGACGCCUCCGACAACACGCCAGCCGUCGACACGGAAGUUUGCGACUGCAUAUUCGACGCAAGCAUGUAUUCGAAGAUGCCUACCACCAGCUUCGGUUGCGAAAUGCGGAUGAAAUGCGCGGCCGCCUGCACAUUACCUUCCGAAAUGAGGAGGGUGUGGACGCUGGAGGUUUGUCGAGGGAAUUCUUUGGCAUCCUUGCAAAGGAGAUCUUCAAUCCAGAUUACGCUCUUUUUACUUCAACAGAGGAUGGGUGUACUUUCCAGCCAAACGCAAACAGUAAUAUCAAUCCAGACCAUCUCAGCUACUUCCGCUUUGUCGGCCGAAUCGUCGGAAAGGCAGUUGCGGAUGGAUUCCUUCUGGAUGCUCAUUUCACUCGCAGUUUGUACAAGCACAUGCUGGGCUUGAAGCCCACGCAUCACGACAUGGAAGCGAUCGAUCCUGACUACUACAGGAACCUCAAAACCAUCCUCGAGUACAAACUGGAGGACAUUGGUCUCGACUUGACGUUUUCGAUCGAGGAUCACUCGUUCGGUCGAAACCAAGUCAUUGACCUUAUUGAAAAUGGUCGGAAUGUUGCGGUGACGGAGGAGAGAAAAGCUGAAUACGUCAGUCUCGUCUGUCAGCAUCGCAUGACAACGGCAAUCUCUGCCCAAAUCAAAUCCUACCUUGAUGGAUUCUACGAACUUGUGAGUCCUGAGCUCAUUGCAAUCUUCAACCCUCGCGAAUUGGAGCUUUUGAUUUCGGGCCUUCCCGAUAUUGACGUGCAUGAUCUGAAGAAGAACACUGACUACGUCGGAUGGAAGGCGACGGACAAGGAAAUCGAGUGGUUUUGGAACGUCAUGUUCUCGUUGUCGCGGAACGAGAAAGCUGCAUUCCUUCAGUUUGUGACGGGAAGCUCCAAGGUCCCUCUUGUCGGCUUCUCCGAGUUGCAAGGAAUGCGUGGCAUCCAAAAGUUCAGCAUUCAUAAAACUAGCGGCACCAGUGGGGCUUUGAUGUCUGCCCACACGUGCUUCAACUCAUUAGACUUCCCAACCUACAAGAGUGAAGAGGAACUGCGAGAAAAAUUGCUCUAUGCAAUCAAUGAAGGCGGAGGAGGCUUUGCCUUCGCCUAGCUAGAGUCGACGCAGGGAAGACCCCUAUACAUAUUCAUUUAUUUUAGCCGACUUGGUCAUAAUUCAUUCAUCCUGCCAGUGCUAGCUAGCUAUGCAUGUAGUAUUCUGAUAGCAGAGCCCCUUGCCAGUUGCCAGUUACCAGUACACCUUGGUGAUGGGCACUCCCUGUUGACCCUGUUCAAUGCAAGAUGUAACUUCUCUCAUAGAUGCAGCGUUCUCACAAAAGAUGAGUGCAUGUAGGUCCCGGUACUAGUAUGAUGUACAGGGGUAUGGGGCAACUUAUGGAUUUCGUUACAGAGUUUCUCAAUACCCGUAUGAAAGCGUAGUUAUGCGUAACUGCACGUAAUAAAUCGUAACGGCACGUAACUGCACAUAACAUAAAUACACUAACUUCCAUAGUAAAACGAAACUGCACGCAAC